GUGGUUUCCGGGACGACAAAAAAUAAAAUAAAAUAAAAUAAAAAAAGAGGGAAAAGUUCGUUGGAUAACUCCAAAACAGACGAUCUCAUUCAUUUUUCAUUUUUCUCAUAGGCGGUGGCGCUACUGGUGGUCGGGGUGGUGCUGAUACAUUCUCGUCCUUUAAUCUCUCAACGGGGUGGCAGUUGCGGAGACUGUGACAGGCAAGGCGGCGGCGGCGGCGGCUGCGGUGAUUCGUCGAAUAAGAAAACAAAGAUGGCGUAUCGGAGAAGACAGGGAAUCACGAGGGCUUCGACCUUCAGAGAAGAGAUAUAUCGUUCGCCAGAAGAUGACAUUAAUAAUAACGACAUUAAAAAUCGUAAUAUGUUAAAAACGUCUCAUACUUUUAGUUCGUCUUCCUCUCUGGCGGCACAGGCCAUCAGGGCAUCCGCCGCACAUCGUGAAUCGUCUCUUUCCUCUGCGUGCGCCGGAGAUUCCUCCCCUCAGAGAUCUAAGGUCUUUGAUGCAUAUGAGGACUCGUCGCCCAGAAGUGAUUCUAAAGGGUUUUGGGGUGUUCUUGCUAGAAAAGCGAAAGCAAUUCUUGAGGAGGAUAACGUGUCAUCACAAUUAGAAGUACCUGAUCGGUCAAGGUUCCAGAUGUCAGAUACAUCUGAAGGGUGCCAGUCUCCGCAAUCAAACCUAACACCUGAUGGUGUGGUGAAAUUGGAUAAUCCUAGAUUAAGGAAGGGCCUGGAUAAAAUCACAUCUUCCCUUAAUCAGAUAGGUGACACUUUUGAAAAGGCUUUAGAGGGAGGUCGCACUAUUGUGGAAAAUAAGACUGCAGAUAUUAUCCAAGAAACCCGCAAACUGCAAAUUAGGCGAAAAGGAAGCAGUCCUGAUGCUCAAAAUCAAGCCCCUGGUACAAACAGUUCAUGGCAGGAACCCAUGAUGCAACCUUAUCUGUCACAAAAUCAAAUGAACCAUGAAACUCAAUUGAAGGCAUCUCGCGACGUAGCAAUGGCAACUGCUGCAAAAGCAAAACUUCUUCUUCGGGAACUGAAAACAGUUAAAGCAGACCUGGCAUUUGCAAAACAAAGAUGUUCACAACUAGAGGAAGAGAAUAAAAUCCUGAGGGAGAGUCGUGAAAAGGGAGGCAACCCAGCAGACGAGGAUUUGAUUCGCCUUCAACUGGAAACACUUUUGGCUGAGAAGGCUCGUUUGGCACGUGAGAAUUCAAUAUUUGCUCGUGAGAACCGGUUUCUGAGGGAAAUUGUUGAAUACCACCAACUCACCAUGCAAGAUGUUGUUUAUUUGGACGAAGGCAGUGAAGAAGUCACUGAAGUUUACCCAUUUGCAAAGACGCUUUAUAUUUCCCCAACCUCGCCUGUUUCUCCACCCUCACCUUCUGAGCUUACUGCAUCUGCAAGCCCAGCAGCAACUAAGGAAAUAAUGCAGGAAGCUUCAAGAAAUGAUACCCCACCAAGUUCACUUACACCUAUACUCGAGGAAGGAGACACAGAAGACAUCCCUGCAAACAAGGACGAAGAUGGAAAAAGUGCUCUGGUACUCGAGGAAAAUGCAAAAACAGAAACAAAAUCAUCCUCAUAAAUCAAGAUUUUCCAUUGUUCAAUAACAACAAUUUUUUAUGAAAUACUGAUUCUAAAGUUUCUAUUGUCUUCCUUUGUUUUAUAGUUUGAGGAAGGCCGUGGAGUCUCCCUGAUUUUUGGGUAAGCAUUUGUUAUUAUUUUGUGUAUGUAAUUGUGUAUGCAGCUUUGUUUGUUUCCAAAUAAAGUUUGAUUUUGCCUGGUUC